AAUUAAGGUAUUCCAGGCAGUGUAGUACCACCAUGGUGAGGGCCAUCGAGUUCUACAGCGGGAUAGGGGGUCUUCAUCUUGCACUCAGUCGAAGCCAGAUACCUGCUACGGUCAUUGCAGCAUAUGACUGGGACCCGAUAGCCUGCCAGGUGUAUGGUGUCAACUAUGGAUCUAGUACAGUUCACAAGGUCAGCACUGACAAUAUUUAAUGCCUCCCAUACGAUCGGAGGACCCUAUGGUGUCCCUGUAUGAUACUCUGCCAGACAGACAUCUCAACCCUCACUGCUGCACGAUUGUCCCAGCUCCGAGCUGAUCUCUGGCUUCUUUCGCCAGCAUGCCAGCCUUACACUAAACUGAAUCCCAAUGCCAGAGGCGCAUCCGACCCACGGGCACAAUCUUUCUUGCACUUGAUCGACAACGUUCUUCCGCAAUUAGCUGUACAACAGGUUCAUCCUCGUUACCUGCUCGUAGAGAAUGUGACCGGAUUUCAGGACUCCGAGACACGGUAUCACCUCGUAUCAACCCUCAAGCGUCUAGGAUACCAAAUAGCAGAGUUCAAUCUUACGCCUUUGCAGUUUGGGAUCCCCAACUCACGGUUGCGCUACUACCUUCUGGCCAAACUUUCACAUCUGAAGUUCCUCGGCUGUGACGAUUCCCGAUUGAACAUUUUGGAUCACAUACCUUCACAACACCCGGUGAUAUCAGUGGCUGCACGAUGUCUGAACCAUUAUCUAGAUGAACUGGAUAAUGAGUCAAUGGCUUCCUUCAAGGUUUCUGACCGUGUUCUGGAGAAGUGGGGCCGUCUGUUUGACAUCCUGGUCGAACGUGCGGGUUCAAUCCUUCAGAUGAACGAACAGCUGAAUACCACCAGGGUGUUCGACGGAUUUUUGGCAGCGCAAAGAAAUGGCGAUGCACAGGCGGUUCAGCUGCUUGGCUGUCUCAGACUGCGAUAUUUUACUCCCGACGAGCUUCUGAGGCUCUUCCACAUAACGGGAUCCUAUCGUUUGAUCGGGAAUAGUGUGAACUGUGGAGAUCUCGGGCAGGUAAUCAGAAGGCUCAUCAACUACUUGUUCAUUGAAGAGGGUCAUGACGCUAGUUCGGCUAUCAUGCCGGAGGCCACAUAGCAGACGGACACAACUACCGGCACUGACAUGUGGCAGUGGGUCCCGUGGAGAGUAAUCUCUGUUUUGUACAUGAUGCAUGAUGGUCCGCCCAGGACUGUUAGUCGGCCUGAAGUUCGGUUUUGCCUGCCAGUGAGCUGAGAGUUUCGCACGACAUUUAGCUGUGAUACAACGGCACCCGGAUUCUGUAUCGGCAUGUAGCUUGGGUCACCGUGUUACACACUAUAAAUACGAAUGUUACCGAGUCUUCUGUUCC